AGCGCCUAUUCGACACCGCUUGCUCAACUUUAUACCUACCCAUAUUGCGGCGCUGGACAUGGACGGAGAUACUCGAGUGAGAUCUGUUGGACCUGCUUUGGACGGUGCAAAGGACGAGGAAGCCAUCGUCGAGAUCUGGCGCGCUGCUGUCGAGCGAUAUGAGCGCGAUACCGGGAUGAAGCUUGCGCUACUUCUUGCCGACUCUGUCGAUGUCGUAUCCGCGAGCUCGAUCGAAAGCUUCAUUGACGAGCGCGCCGAGUCUUUCGCCCUAUUCCGCGCUGGUGGGGGCGCGCGAGCACGCAAGUGGCUGAAGCCAAUCGCUGCUACGGUUCAGCUGCUCUCAAGCUGCUUGGGGGAUGCAGUGACACUCCCCUUCUCACCUAUGAAGGCCGUGUUUGGCGCGAUCGGCGUAGCUAUCAAGCUGUCGAUCGAGGUGACGAAGGACUACGACGCGGCAAUGGACGCCUUCGAGACCAUUGCAGACCACCUCGCGCGCAUCAAGAUUGUCGGCGCCAACGAGACCCUCCGCGAGCCGUCAGUACGGGUCCUUUCCCAGACACUCGUCGUAAUGGGAGUCAUCACGCAGCUUCAGCGAGACGGACGCUUCAAGACAUGGCUUCACAAGUUCAAGCAGUCGCAUGAGCUGACAGAGGCUCUGGCGGACCUGCAGCGUCUGGCUACAAAUCACCACGAGACACUCUCCGCAAUAACACUGCUCAGCGUUGAGAGGACGAUGGACCUUCUUGGGCAUAGCAUGACUUCCGUACAGCAAGAACAAGACAUGACUCGCACCUGCCUCACUCGAAUCGUGAAGGUCGCUCAGGAGAUGCACGAGAUGAUUAGGUCAAAUGCGCUCACGAUCGAUCAGCAAGUACACGCCAAUCGAGCAAUCCUUGAGGAUAUUCAAGGCAUUCUUCUCCUCCAUUCUGAGGCUUAUCAGCAUGAUAAAGAAGACGACGAGAUAGACCGCAUCUUUGCCUGGCUGCGCUGUCCGGACUUCUCAAUCAAGAUCAACAAUCUCUUGCAACAACGUGCGCGCUCGACUGGUUCCUGGUUCCUCGAUGGCGAGGAAUUCGCUAAGUUCAAGGUGGGGGCUGCGCGCUUCCUUUGGUUGCACGGUAAAGCGGGCUCGGGGAAGAGUACUAUAAUCGCAGCAGCCGAGCGCGACAUCAGAACCAUUUGCAAUACGCCCGGGUCCUCUUUAGCCUUGUUUCACGUCUUCGACGCGACGAACAACGCUAUCAAGAGAAAUCUAGAAGUUCUCUUGGCCUCUCUGUUGUGUCAGCUUGUUCAUCAGGAGCACCGGGCUGUCGACUUUCUCUCGCGCGCCCGCAGGGAGCAUCUGCGCGGGAUGCGACAGCCGUCUCUUGAUGAGCUGCGGUACUACAUAAAGCACCUACUCGGUGAAGGCCAACACGUAUUUCUCACGAUUGACGCUCUCGACGAAUCUGACGAUAUAGGAGAGGUCCUCAGACUGCUCGGCGAGCUACGAGAGCGGGAACAAAUCUCCAUCCUCGUCUCUAGCCGGUCCGAGCUGGCGGCCAGGGAUGAACUCGAGCGUUUGGCUGACGGUCAUGUUCUCAUGUCUACGGAGGUGGUUGCUAGAGACAUCGGCAUUAUGCUGAACCAAACGCUCUCGAGGGAUGGGCCCUUGGCAAAAAUUCAGAACCCUCGCUCGGCGUGUAGGACACUGACCUCCGGCGCCGACGGAAACUUCCGUUGGGUCGCUCUACAAGUGCAGCAACUUUCUCUCGUCGCUGCUUUCCCUCUCAAAGUGGUUGAGCGCCUCGCAUCUCUGCCUCCUGAUCUCCGCGCCCUCUACGACGAAGCGCUUUCCAAAAUCGACGAGCGUGAUCACGCCGAUGUUCGCCGACUCUUCAUGUGGCUACUAUUCAGUCACUCGUCGCUGCGGAAAGAGCAGUUCGCAGAGAUCAUGUCCUUUGACUACUCCCGGCCUGUACCUGUCUUCUCGCGACGAUUCCGUCCAUCUUCUGCGAACGAGGUCAUCGCCCUUGUUGGAUCAACAUUCUUGACAGUUGACCCUCAAAGUGGCGACGUUCGCUUCGCGCAUGCCUCCGUCCUGGAGUACCUGCGCGCGCUACCUCCAUCAUCCCCUUUCUACAACACUCAUGACGUCGCGCUGCAGCAGCUUACGGCGACUUGCGUCGGUUAUUUGAUAACAUGUGGCUACUACCAGGACGGUUGGGCUCUCGAACUCAUGUCGCGAGGAGGCAAGGUGCCUCUGUACACGCACGCGGCCGAGCAUUGGCUCAACUACGCUAGGACUGUUAACCUCUCUGCAUGUCCUGAGCUAGAGGCGACCGUCAUGUACUUGCUCAUGUCGAACGAGGUUCAAGAGAGGUGGAAAAAGCUAUGGAAAAUCAUGAAUCAGCCUGAAUCCUGCUCUCAAACGACUCAGCCCUUGUAUGCUGCGCGCGAGGCUCUGUCACCAGACCUCGUUGACCUCAUCCUCCGCUAUCUUCUUCCAGACCCCAAUCAUCGGACCCCGGAGAUGGCCGAGGAUCUGUCUUCACAGUGGCUGAGGCUGACGCCGAUCAUGUUUGCCAUUACCAGUGGUCGAGGACGCGGAGAUCGAUCUUGCAGUGCGCCUGAUCGAAGGAACUACCUUGUCGCCAAGUUAAUCCAGGCGGGCGCAGACGUCAACGCCUUUGUACGUGGACGAACACCAUUGCACUACGCUGUCGUCGAGGGCGACAUCGGCAUCGCGAAGAUGCUUAUACGAGCAGGGGCCGACGUGAACGAAGAAACAUGUGGACGACCUAGGAGGCUUCCGAAGCGCGGUUCGCCCGAAUACUACGCGAUACGCAGGACCGACUCAUGGAAACAGGAGUUGUCGUUGCCGGACGAGCGCAUUGCCUCAUCAUCGGAUUUGCUCAUGCACUUCACCCAGAUUCAGACCCAGUGGCGGCAUCUUUUCACGGAAGACCUGUGCACCCCGCUGCAGCGUGCUGUACGCCGCGGUGAUAUCAGAAUGGUCAUCCUUCUGCUGCGCGCUGGCGCACGCACGGAUAUGCCUGACGAUGCCGGCGUGACGCCGCUUCAUGAGGCCACUUCCAGAGGUCUUGACAAGAUCGUGGACCGCCUGCUAGCUGCGGGAGCUAGGUGGAAACCGGAUGUCGAGCGACAGCCUCCGUCGUUGCGCUUGGAGUAUGCGAAUCCCUCUCCACCUGGAACCAGAACUCGUGCGUGGAGCCGCGGCCGGAGUAUGUCUUUCCCGCCCUUGAAAGGGGUUCACAGCGAUACGUCCAAGAUCAAACAUGUCUAUACGCUGCGGCCAUUUGCAGCGUCAGUAUUUGGUCGCCAUCCGGCGCGCUUCAAGCACUUUGAAACUCGGCCCACGCCCGACCUGGAAAAUUGGUGGGAGACGCAGGUGGAUGCUUUCGAAGAGGAGGACAUCCCCCCCCCCCCCCCCGAAAUGACGAGCUCGUCGUGA